CCAUCAAUCCCUGGCCCAGGCCCCAGCUCCCUCAGGCCACACAGCCUAGGAUCAGCAUGGCUGCCCGCCUGUGGAUAGUUGCCCUGGCCUUGGCUGUUCUCUUCCUUGUGGACAGGGAGGUGUCCGUGUCGGCAGACAAGUUGGUUUUCUGGAGAAUGCCCAUCUGUGAACACAUGGUAGAGUCUCCAGUCUGCCCCCAGACAUAUGACCCGGUCUGUGGCACUGAUGGGGUCACGUAUGAGAGUGAAUGCAAGCUCUGCUUGGCUCGGAUAAAAAACAGACAGGACAUCCAGAUCCUGAAGGAUGGGAAAUGCUGACCCCUCCAGAGCCUCUUAAGCCGUGAAGCUUCAGGCUAGAGAACCGUGGUGGGCGCGCAGGAUGAGACAUGAAAUAAAGAUUCAGUUCAACCCA